AUGAUGGAGAUCGACGUGCCAUUGCCGCCAGCGGUGAUCAACUUACCAUGGGUGGAAAAAUAUCGUCCUGAAUCCUUGACUGAUAUGAUAUCUCACGAGGAAAUCAUCAAGACACUCACUCGCUUUGUAAAAUCGGACAAGCUGCCACACUUGUUGUCUACGGGCUCCUGGUACUGGCAAAACUAG